AUGAUGCAUUCUUGUAAUCAGAGAAGGAUGAUAACAUGGAGCUUGUUGUGUUUAAUCUUCUCUCUUUUUAAUUCAAUACUUGUUUUUGCUUCUCCUGUUAGGAACUUGUGUCCUCCAGACCAGAAGGAUGCUCUUUGGGAGUUCAAGAACGAGUUCUAUGUCCAAGAAUUCUAUACCUAUGGGAUGGUUGUUGUUGAUAAGAAGACAGAGAGGUGGAGGAACAACACUGAUUGUUGUUCUUGGGAUGGUGUCUCUUGUGAUUCUAAGACGGGCAAGGUCGUCGAGUUAGACCUCAUGGUAGGUUCUCUCAAUGGCCCUUUGAGAUCAAAUAGUAGUCUGUUUAGACUACAACAUCGUCAAAGCCUGGAUCUUGGCUACAAUAAUCUUUCGGGUAUUCUACCUGAUUCCAUCGGAAACCUCAAACAUUUGAGGGUUUUGAGUCUUGGUGCUUGCAAUUUCUUUGGAAAGGUUCCUUCUUCACUCGGAAAUCUUUCUUAUCUCACUGAUCUUGAUCUUUCUGUCAAUGAUUUCACUGGUGAACUACCAGAUUCGAUGGGCAACCUAAAACGACUAACAGAAUUACAAAUUGUGGCGACUAAGCUCAGUGGGAACUUUCCUCUUAUGCUACUCAAUUUAAGCGAGCUCACCGGGAUCGACCUUCGUUCUAACCAGUUUGAAGGUGUGCUCCCAUCUAAUAUGAGCAGCCUCUCCAAACUGGAGUCUUUUCGUAUUAGUGAUAACUCAUUUUCCGGAUCUAUUCCAUCGUCUCUCUUCAUGAUCCCUUCGUUGAUCAGACUUAGACUGGAAAGAAACGACUUCAGCGGUCCUCUUGACAUUGGGAAUGUCUCUUCACCAUCUCAACUUGGAGUUUUAUCCCUUGGAGAAAACAAUUUCGAUGGGCCAUCCCGGGAUCUGUAUCGAAACUAG